AUGCCCGUGUGGACAGAGAUCCGCCUGCCUGCUGUUGAGCAAGCCGAGAUCUUUGCGGAGGCACACCCUCCGAGACGACCUCCACUGCUGCAGCGCUCACUGUUUACGCCCGACAGCCGGGCAGGUGCCGCCGCUGAAAGCGACGACGAGGCCGGCGCUGCAGAGAACCUGGCACAGGAUCUGCUGAGUGCGGCCAUCGCUUUAGAUCUGGACAGGGUCAGCUACUGCCUUGCCGCCGCGCGCCGCCGGGGCGACGGGGCUGCGCAAGUGCGCAGGAGCCCCAAGACCCAUAACCGCCAACUGGGAGAGAAGCGGGUCAUGAAUGAAGUGUUCGAAGGCCAUGGGCCACAGGAAGGCCAGGGCAUCCAACCUCAAAUUGAAGGACGGCAACACGCCACUCCACCGGUGCUUGGCUGCGUCAGCGGAAGGCCGCUUCCGGAGCGCUCUCCUCGCUACUGCGUGGCGCAGAGCAGGAUCAUAGAGCUCCGCGCCACCUUGCUUGUACGACAGGCGCUGCUGAACUCGCUUCCAGGCCCAGCAACCACAGCAACAGCCAGCGCAGCCGAUGCAGCAGCCGGCGACGGCGGCAGCGGCCGUGUCUCAGCCUCUUACACGGCAGGUCACCGCAGCAGCGGCCACCAGCCAAGGGAAAGUGGUCUGCACUAUCGCGGGCAUACUGUUCGUGCUGCAUCUUCGUUCACCUUGCUUGGCAACCAACCGUACCGCGAAGCACCGCCCGAGACCCAUGGACACGAGGCCUCCUGGGUGGACUCUGUGGCCUUGGCAUGGGCCUUGGAGGCCAGCUCAGAGAGAGGGGGGUCGAGUCCGGCUAGGCGGCUGGAGAGGGUGGCUGGCACUUCGUCCAUACUCACUGCCGUCCGCGUUUUAGAGGAGCAAAUUGUGCUGAUCUUUCACCAUCUCGGCUUGGGAAGCAACAUGGAGCAAUUCCAAUCACAGCUUUAUCCGACUGCCGAGAGCUGGCUUGUUGCGAACUCGAAGAGGGGAAUGGUUCCAACCAUGCCGGGUGUGAUGCCCCAGAUGGCGUCAAUGGCCAUGCAAGGCAUCGCUGGCAUGGCAGGUGCGGGCACACAACCUGCGGCCGCACAGCAAGCCGCGCAGGUGCCGCAGCAGGUGCCGCAGAUUCCUGUGGCGCAGCCGCCGCCGCAGCAGCCGCAGCAAGCUGUGCCGCAGCAGCCAGCACAGGCACAGCAGCAACAAACGCCACCGCCUAAACAACCUCCGCCCCGACCGCAGGUGGCACAGCCCCAAAUAGUACAGCCGCAACUGCAGCAACAAAACGUACAGCAGAUGCAGCAGCAUCAGAUUCAGCAACAGCAACUUCAGCAGCAGCAGCAGCAGCAGCAGCAGCAGCAGCAGCAGUUGCAGCAGCAUGCGAUGCAGCAGGGCAUAGGCAUAGUCCAACACAUGGCUCAGCCUCAGCAGUUGAUGAUGCCGCAGCAGCAGCCUGUGCCUGAGCCAGCCAGACCCGAGGAGCCUUUCGAAGAGCACCCGUACCUCGAGGAAGAGGAGGAGCCCCAGUGCGAGCCGACGCCCUCCGAGCCGGCCGGCCCGCGUGGAGAUUCCGCAUCGGCGAUUGCAGCCCGGCACAUGAUCCAAACUGCCGGUGUGGACACUUGGUUUCUGAAGCUGCCGUCGGGCGAGUGGGAGGAGGUGGUUAGAUUUUGGCCUCCACCCGAAGGCUUGGAUGUGGCGCGCCCUCCGAAGCUGACGCUCGGCUCGUUGUCGUAG